AUGCCCUUAGUUGAAUUCAAUUUAGACAUCAUACUCAAGUACGGGUAGGCCUUAUACUUAGCCAAUUCUCAAUCUAACUGGGUUGUUGAUAGAAUGUGUCGUAUGACGUGCAUUUAGGUAAAUUGUAUCAGUAAAAUUUAAGGAUUCUAAGUGGUAAAUAUCAUGCGAUGUAUAACAAAACCCUUUUGAGUACAAAUACGCUAUUGGAGACUAUUUUCUCUAGGGUUAAAGUUCCAUUUAAUGGGAGAAAGGUCCAAAUAGGAUUUUAAAUUGGAACAAGGAUCUAGCCAUGACCAUUAGUAUUAAAUAAUUCGUUAUUAUAGAAAAUAAAUGGGAGAAAAGGAAAAUUGAAUUCCUCUUGCAAACCGAUUCCAAGACUUCCAUCGUAAUCCUCAUGAGCAAUCAUGAUUCCAUACAAAAAAGAUUGAGAAACAAAAAAGAUAGCAAAGAUAACUAAAAAAUCUUUACCAUGAGCUUUUAUAUGGACAUAUGUAAGAUUGCUCUGGGAAUCGAAGUUCAAUAUUAUUUAAUAACUUAAGGAAACAGUACGUAAUCUUAUUAUUUCAAGAUCCUAUUGAAUUCAUUAGCAAGCCUUUUACUCUAAGUUCUGCUGACUAAUAAUACCUCAAUUCAAAAGACCUUUAAUUCUCUAAAAUUUCGUCAUGA